CCUCCACUUCCUGAAGACAGCAUAAAAGUGAUUCGCAACAUGAGAGCUGCCUCUCCUCCAGCAUCUGCUUCUGAUUUGAUAGAACAGCAGCAGAAACGGGGACGCCGAGAACACAAGGCUCUUAUUAAACAGGAUAACCUAGAUGCCUUCAAUGAACGAGAUCCUUACAAAGCGGAUGACUCUCGUGAAGAGGAGGAAGAGAAUGAUGAUGACAAUAGUCUUGAGGGAGAGACAUUCCCUCUUGAAAGAGAUGAAGUGAUGCCCCCUCCUGUCCAGCAUCCUCCAUCUGACCGGUUAACUUGUCCCAAAGGUUUGCCUUGGGCUCCCAAGGUUAGGGAGAAAGACAUUGAGAUGUUUCUGGAAUCUAGUCGGAGCAAAUUUAUUGGCUACACCUUAGGAAGUGACACCAACACAGUAGUGGGAUUGCCCAGACCCAUUCAUGAGAGUAUCAAAACUCUGAAGCUGCACAAGUAUACAUCUAUUGCAGAAAUUCAAAUACAAAUGGAAGAGGAGUAUUUGCGUUCUCCCUUGUCAGGGGGAGAAGAGGAGGUUGAGCAAGUUCCUGCAGAAAUUUUGUACCAGGGUCUACUUCCUAGUCUGCCCCAAUAUAUGAUUGCCUUGCUGAAAAUUCUGCUGGCUGCAGCACCCACCUCCAAAGCCAAGACUGAUUCCAUUAACAUCCUAGCAGAUGUUUUGCCAGAGGAGAUGCCAACAACUGUGUUGCAGAGUAUGAAGCUGGGAGUUGAUGUGAACAGGCACAAAGAGAUAAUUGUAAAGGCCAUUUCUGCUGUUUUGCUGCUACUGCUCAAACACUUUAAGUUAAAUCAUGUCUAUCAGUUUGAAUAUAUGGCCCAACACCUGGUGUUUGCCAAUUGCAUUCCACUUAUAUUGAAAUUCUUCAAUCAAAAUAUCAUGUCAUAUAUCACAGCCAAAAACAGCAUCUCUGUUUUGGAUUAUCCAUACUGUGUGGUGCAUGAGCUACCUGAGCUGACUGCAGAGAGUCUGGAGGCUGGAGACAAUAAUCAGUUUUGCUGGCGGAACCUUUUUUCCUGCAUUAAUUUACUAAGGAUAUUGAAUAAAUUAACAAAAUGGAAACAUUCAAGAACCAUGAUGCUGGUAGUAUUCAAGUCUGCUCCCAUUCUGAAACGAGCCCUUAAGGUGAAGCAAGCCAUGAUGCAGCUCUAUGUUCUGAAGCUUCUCAAGGUGCAGACAAAGUACCUGGGGCGACAGUGGAGAAAAAGCAACAUGAAAACUAUGUCAGCAAUCUACCAGAAAGUGCGUCAUCGGCUAAAUGAUGACUGGGCUUAUGGCAAUGAUCUGGAUGCACGUCCAUGGGACUUCCAGGCUGAAGAGUGUGCACUGCGGGCCAGCAUAGAGCGUUUCAAUUCUCGACGCUAUGACCGGGCACAUAACAACCCUGAAUUUCUGCCAGUGGAUAAUUGUUUGCAGAGUGUUCUGGGCCAACGUAUUGAGCUGCCUGAAGAUUUCCAAAUGAAUUAUGACUUGUGGCUGGAAAGGGAAGUUUUUUCUAGACCCAUCUGCUGGGAGGAAUUGCUGCAAUGAUGGUUGAUAAGAGGAAAAUCUUCACACAUUCAGAGCUAGUACAUGUGCCCAGGGAUGAGAGUUGCUGCUCUUCAGUCAGCCAAGCAUAGAGGAGAUAAACUAUUUUUCAUAUGGCUUGUAAUCUGCAGUUCUCUUUUCCUCCUCCAUGUGGCAGUGUGGAUUUUACUGCUUGAAAGGAUUUAGCCAUAUGGCUUUCCUGAGUCUUUGGGGGUUCUUGCAUUAUUUGGUGGUUUGAAAGGUGCUAAAUGGAUCCAGAGUAGCUCAUUUUGAGACAAAUGAACAACCUUCAUCAAAAUAUCAGCACUGAUGACUAUUCAGAUCGCUGUUCACUGGACCUGGUUAGCUCAUGUUUCAAACUAGAAGGAUAGCUCUUUCUGCUAUGUUCUUACCCAUAUCCUAGCAGGCCAAAAUGGUGCCCUUUUUCUGUUAGCUUCUAAGAAGGAAAGCAGCUUCAUAAAGGUGUUGGUGGAAAGAGAAAAAAAUAAAUGUACACCAUUGCACAGUCUGAUACAGGAAAGGGAGAUCUCUCAAGUCCCAUCUAGUGUAUGCAGGAAUCCUGUGUUGAGAAGGAUGAGAUGGUUUUGUUUUUAUUUAGUUUUUAAAUCUACCUAUAGAAAUCCCAUCUGCAGGUAGGUGGUGAAAGGCUUGUACGCACUUAGGAAAGUGGUUGAACAAUUUCAUCCAGAGAUAGUGUCCCAUUUUGUUCCCUGGCAAAGACAAAUUCUAAGUACUGUACAGUAAUUCAAUCUCAUACCUGAUAUAAUUUAAUAAUAUAAUCAGUUUCUCUUCAUUAAGCAAUCUCAUAACUGCAUCUGAUAAAGAGAAAUUAACAUUAUCCUUCAGUAUGUUCUCUUUUCUUUCUUUUUUCUUCCCAACUUUUGGGAAAUUCAGCCAAACAUCCUGACAGUUAAUGUUGUGAUAGAAGCAUUUCACCCUGUGCUAACAUUGCUGUACUCCAGCCUAGUUCUCAGAAAGAAGAUGGCAAGCCUGGAUCUUGUUUUUACCACUGCAGGAAGCCCUGUGACAAUCUGAACUAGUGUGAUCUAGGCCCAGGUUUGCCACCUUAAAUACUGUUUUGUAAGAACCAUGCCUAUCAAGGCCUUGCAAAACUGUACUGUGAACAUGGUGGAAGCAAAGUUAUGUUCUUGAAAUAGACAAUAAAUGGACAGGUUUGUCAAAUGGAUGAUUUCUCUUCCCUAUAAGACUUCGAUUACCGCACUACACUCUUAUAGCGCUGCUGUUCCACUUUAAAUGCCUCCUGUUGCAUUCUGGGAUUUGCAGUUUAAGGAGAGGCAUUUAGAAUUCUGAGCCAGAGAGCUCUUAGGCUUCACUGAACUAUAAUCUUCAGAAUGCAACAGGAGGCAGCCAGAGCAGUAAAAGUGGCAUAGCAGCACUAUAAGAAUGUAGUGUGGUAAUGUGGUUCAUAUCCUGUGGCCAUAGACUCACAGUGUGGCUGAAUAUAGUGUUAGCACCAAGUCUAGCAAUAUGAUGGUAUUUUCCCCUAUCUCUGCUUUUUAACCUGAUUGCAUCCCUAUUCUGAAAUCCUUAGACUAUUUACAUGGCGCUAAUUCCUGUUGAAAUUAAUGGGAUUUUUGAGUAAAUAUGUUUAGGACUGGAUGUCCCUAAGAUUCUGUUACAUUGACAAGGACUGAUCCAGCACUGUACUGACCUGAAAUUAUUUCAUAUUCAAACACUCCUUCAUGCUUAAUUUUUGUCACUAACUCUUAAAUGCAAAGUAUCUCUCCAGUAGGGACCAAGGCAUACCUACUCUGAUAUAAAAAACAAGUUUAGUAAAAACAAGUACAGUUAGCCUGACCAUGCAACCAGUCAAAAACUUUUGAUCCAUCCAUAGAUGGGAAUUAAAAGCUUUUUAAAAGGUGUAUAUACUGAGUGAAACUCCUGCUAUUUCGUCAUUGUGAACAGUGUGAUGGUGACAUGAUCAUGUGAAAGAAGCAAACAGUCACAAAAAACCGUGAACAAUCAUUAAAAAUAGCCAAACAAGUGACAUUUAUUUGAUAA